AUGGGUAAUGCAUGUACAAGAACCAACACCGUGGCAGCUCGACCCGGUCGUGCAGUCAACCAAAUGGUUACUUCCAAUUCAGUAAAUCCCUACGAUGCUAACCAAAUAAAUGCAAAUAAAGCAACGCAACAUCCUCCGUGGCAAGAUGUGAGAGUUGAUGAUUAUUCGCGUACGUCAUCACCAACUUCCCCGCGCAGACAAAUAUACAGAUCAGGACAACGCUCACCACCACCUACAGAGCACACCGGGCGAGCGGCUAAAUCAAACGAACCACUAACCACAGUAAAAUCGUCAUUCUCAUUAAACAGAAAUGUUGAAAGUUAUUCACAUAUUUGGAAAGAUGCGCAGUUCGUUUUUAAAGAACAAACAGAUGUAACUGAAAAAACUCGAACAAUAAAACUCGAGUCAAACACAGACGAAAAACAAGACAAAAAAGAUUAUAAGGUUGAUAAGGGCAAUGUUCACGUUGAAUCAACAGUCGAUUCAAAAAUAACAACAUUAGCUAAUAUAUCAACAAAAGAAAAACAAACUCUGUUAAUGACAGCACUCAGUGAAACACAAAUAAAACUAGACACAGACGUUAAACGGCGACAAGAACAGAUUUCAACUGAAACAAAAUCAGUUGUAAAUCAUAUUCUCAAUGAUACACUGACCGACGAACAACGCUUAGCAGAAUAUAUCAGAAUAAAGCAAACUGAAUAUGAAGACGAUUAUAAUAAACAAAUACAAAAAUAUUCGGAAGAAUUA